UGACUGUGUAGGCGGGUCUGUGAUUAUUUUGAAGGUGUGCCUUGCUUUUGUGUCGUUGCGUAUGGAUGGUGGUUUCGCCCUUUUCUGCACUUUUUGGUAAUGUACGCUCUGUAGUCUAGUACCAUGCCUGCCAUCCAGCGCCAAGCAGCAGUGGCCCAAGCCAACGGCCACAGUCACCAGGCUGACCCCCGCGAUGGUGAUCAUCACCACGAUGAGCCUGAAGACCACCACCAUCAUCACCACUUCAUCCAGGAUCCCCACGGCGAUAUCCUGACACACCAGGGCGGUCACUUCAGGCCACUGGUUAUCAUGGAGAUAUCGGAGAAGACGACUGAGGAGACAAGAAAGUGGCUGAUUGAGCGCAUCGAGGCGCAACCGGAGACUGGCGGAGCGGGUCUGAAAGCUAGGCAGUCUGUGAGCGAAAACGGCGGAGGGACGGUCCUGGAGAUUGGCGCGUCGCGGGAACGCUUGCUAGAGGGCGCCGAGAGAGCCUGUCUGAAGAAGAAAUGCAAGGACGGCACCGUGCGCGAAUUCACUCGGGUCCACUCGGAACAGUUUGAUUGCGAAGAGCAGCAUUUCUUGACGACUUGCGAUUGCCAGCGCAUCAUCUAUUACUUACUCCUGCACAUCCGUAACCCCACCACCAGCAACAUACCAGGCACUAACAACCUGGUGCUGUACGAGAAGCAACGAAUCAUUCCCAAGUGUAUGGAUGCCAAGAUAGUGACCCAUCUGUACCCGCUGCACAUUGCUAGUGAACUCUCCUCGCUCACCAAGAUAUGGUACAAGAGUUUCAAUAGCCUGAAUGGACAGCCAAUCGAGAGAAUCCGUGAGUAUUUUGGCGAAGCCCUGGCCAUCUACUUCUCCUUUCUUGGAUUCUACACUGCUGCCUUGGUGCUACCGGCUGGAGUAGGUCUCCUAUCAUAUCUCCUAUCGACGUUCCUGGGUCCACCAAGCCACGGUUACGCCCUCUUCGCGAUCUUCAACCUCAUCUGGACCACCCUUUUCCUGGAGGCGUGGAAGCGCAAGUGCGCCGGGAUGGCCUACUCGUGGGGCACUUACGGGAUGGUGAAAUUCGAGGAACCGCGGCCGGAGUUCUACGGGCCGCUACAUCGCAACCGGAUCACGGGCCGCGAGGAGCCGCACUACCCGAAAUGGAAGCGCAACCUGAAGAAGUUUGGCGUCUCCGCGCCCUUGAUUGUCGUCUUUCUGAUCCUCGCGUUUGGCAUCAUGCUUGCCAGCUUCACUUUGGAGGACUACAUUAAAGGGCGGAUGGAUAUCACCAAGAUGCCGGGUAGUCUGGUCUUCCUGCUGCCUAGCACGAUCUACGCGGUGGCCAUUGUCUUCAUCAAUAAAUUCUACCGGCAGUUGGCGUCGUACCUCAAUGACUGGGAAAAUCAUCGCCUAAAUUCAACUUAUGAGAACAACUUGAUCAUGAAGCUGAUUGUGUUUGACUUUGCCAACUGUUUCAUGGCCCUGUUCUACGUUGCAUUCUACCAGCAGGACAUGGAUCGACUCAAAAAGUAUCUGGCUACCCUGCUGAUCGUGCAGCAAGUCAUCGAGCAGUUUCUGGAGACCGGUCUGCCGUACCUCAUCUUGCGCUUCUGGCGCAAGGGAGACCACAUUCUGGAAGCAGCCGAGAAGAAGAAAGACGACGAUGCCAACGUGGAAGCGGCGAAGGGACUCGCUGAGGAGCAGAGCAAGAUGGAUGUCUAUCCUGGGACUUUUGAUGACUACCUGGAGCUUUUCCUUCAGUUUGGUUACGUCUUUCUCUUCUCCGCCGUCUAUCCUCUGGCCGCGCUGUGGGCUUUGUUCAACAACGUCAUUGAGAUCCGCUCCGACGCCUUCAAGAUCAGUCGCGUCUGCCAGCGACCAUUUGGCCAGUCAGCUGAAGAUAUUGGAACUUGGCAGGUUGUGUUUGAGAUCAUGGGCAUUAUUGCAGUUUUAACUAACACUUCGCUGAUGGCAAUGUCCCCUGAAGUCAAGGCCUUCUUCCCCAACAUGUCCACCACCCACUACAUCCUGAUGUUUGUCAUAUUUGAGCACAUUCUGCUGGGCCUGAAGGCUGCAAUCGCAAUCCUGAUCCCUGAUCUCCCAAAGUGGAUGGAAGUAGAGCUGGCUCGCGAAGAGUUUGAAUCCAGACAGGCGUUCCUGCAAAUGCUUGCCGAGAAACGAAACGCCGAUAAGGACAACGAACAACUGGAGGCUGAAAAGAAGAUCGUGGAAAUGACCACUGUAGAAGAGGUUGGUGAAACCACUGCCUGAUGCGGUAACCAUGGUAACAGAAUACCCACAAUGUAAACAGGGGACAUUUCAGUUCAUUUGUAUUUGAAGUAUUAUACACUCAACCAAAAAAAGUCCCUCCUUACUACUUUUUUGUCUAAUUUAAAAACUACUGGGCCCAAAAC